AUGAUUAAAGAAAGAGAGUAUCAUCAAUGUCUUGGUGUAGCUACGAAGCACGAACAAUGUAAACUAAAGACCAACUCAAUUCAUGGGUAUUGUCAUUACCAUGAAUAUCAACAACAGAAGAAUACCAACAGAACCACCAUCCAUGUCAGUCCUAAUAAAUCCACAACUACAUCUAUAAACAAGUCAACAAUACCCACGAAAUCAGGAUACAUCUAUGUCUACACUUUAACUAUGUUUAUUUCAAAACAUAAACUGUGGCAAUUCAAAGUAAAAAAUUUACCAACUACAUCCAAUCAAGAUUGGAAAAAUUUCAAUGCAAAGGAUUCACCAUAUGUAUUAAUUAAAAUCGGUAUGACUACCACUACAGUUGAAAAACGGUUAAAUCAAUGGAAAUCAAAAUGUAACCACGAUAUAUCCAUCAUUGUUCCCACCAUAACAACUCCUCCUCCUCUUCAGGAUACUUCAUCUGAGGCUCGGAUCGGGAAGGUUAGUUUGGAUCGACUUUCCCAAUCAGGAAGUCCCCUCCUUCGACUAUUUAAAAAAUUUCAUAUUUCAAAUGAACCCCCACAAUCAUCAUUAUCAUUACACAGUUUUAAUAAAGAUGGUUUCUAUUGUAAAGGUAAUGUCCGACAGGUUGAAAAGAAUAUUCAUGAUAAAUUACAUAAAAAAUAUGGUAGAGGUAAUUUCUACUGUCCUGGAUGUUUAGAUGAAUCUAAAGUAUCUACAAAGAACAAAGAUAGUCCAUUUAAAUCAGAUUAUAAUGUUCAUAUUGAAUGGUUUUUAAUACCUAAACUGGAUUUAAAAUCAGUCUUCACAUUGAUUGAUUCAAUUUGCUUACAGGAUCGUAUAUAA